AUGUUAUUAACCACUGCUAUACCUAAACAUUGUUCGGAAGAAAAGCGGAUGGUGUACAAACGACUACGUCGAGCGUGUGCUUUGGCGUGCGAUGUACCGAAAGUAGGAAAUAUGAUUGAAGUGGACGCCAUGCUGCCAUUAGGCUUCCUGUCUCUCGUAGCCACCUACACAAUCGUUCUUCUACAAUUUGCUUUUUUGUAA